AAUCACCUUUUCUAUUUAUUUAUUUUUGCCAAUAUCACCUUUUCUAGUUUUUCUUUGGUAUUUUUUUUAAAAAUACAGAAAUUAUGGUUUGCAUGUUUUCUUGUUCUCAUCAAUACUAUUAAAAGGGAAGGAGUGUUAAUAAAUCUAUUUAAAAGGUUGUUUGGACUCUUUCAUUAAAUUUAUUUUUUAUGCUCUUACCUUAUAUGUUUGUAACAAUACAUUAUUCAAGAUCAUAUAUUUACCCGAUUUUUUCUCCUUUCUAUAACAAUACGUUAGUAUUAAUUAAUAUUGAUACCAAAGGGAGAAAUAAUCAAAUUAUAAAAACUCGGCCUCAUUUGCAUUUAUAUGCAUGCAACCGUCUAUAUAUACUAUUUAUUGUUUAUUAUUUAUACUUCUUUAUUAAAACGAACUAUAUACUUGAUUAGUACAAUAUAUAUAACAUUUUCAUGAUGGACCAUCUAAUAAUACAAUCAUCCAAUUAAAAACAUGGUUUAAAAUCUUACUUUUCAAAAAUUAUAUUAUUACUCUUUAUUUUAUGUAAUACACUUCUUUUAUAAAUUAAUUAUAUCUCUUAUCAUAGUGAUUGUUAAUUAAUAAUGUUUCACACUAUAUUUUAUGCUCAUGAUCUACAAUAUUUAGAUAUCAAACUAUUAAAACGGAAGGAUUCUUUAAAAAUCUACUUAAACAACAAGGUUGUUGGAUCAUUUCAUUAAAUUUUCACAAAUGUAAAAUAUCUCGCGUUUUAAAUCGGGCAGUUUAGGUUGUUUGAAAAAAAAAAGAUAAAUAAUUAACUAAUAGUUAUUUGAGUAACAAAUAUUUGAGUCAUUAAUUUUUUUUUGCAUAAUUUGGUUUAUAAAUAGUAUUUUUAGGAUAUUUGGUUUUUAGAAAUUAAAUAUAAUUAAUAUUUAUAGGUAUAUAAUUUGUAUUUUAAAAUUUUAAGUAUUCAUUUGGUUUUCAAUUCGGUUUCUAUUUUUCGGUUCCAAAGAUAUAGGAUAUGCUCGAUUUUUUAUGAAAUUCAGCUUAAUUUUAGUUUUUUUUUUUCAGUCAGGUAUGGUUAAGUGCACCCAGGUAAUGUACCCAAAAUCAUACAUUAUAUUAUAUAUAAAUUAUAUAUAAAUAAUUUAAUUAAUUUCAAAAAUAAACCUGCGCUUUAUAAGCGCGGAUCAAAGUCUAGUUAUAUAUUAUAGAGCCAAAACAACCUUUUUAGAGGUCAUUAGAGAAGAAACCGAUAUUAUAGCCCUAUGGGCUUUUAUUUUCUGAUAUAAGUUUUGUUUUACAUUUUUCCGUUUAUGGAUCUUUCUCUCUUUGGCCCAGUUUAACUCUGAAGCCAAGAAAGUACAUUCAAAAAUAAUUGAAUCAGUAGGUGAAAGCGUGAAGCAAUACUUAAAAAGUUGGUUUUUGGGGACUAAUAUACACGUAUGGAUUUGUAACGUCCAGACUAAAGACUGCCACUGGCCGUGGCCUCUGUGAUGGUGGUCAGAGUGUUCAAUAGACCUAGUUGCACACUUAAAACUAAUCAUAUGUCAAAUUAUAUCUAUCAACAUGAAACCUGCAUGGUUGUGAUCAACUGGUAGACUAAAUUUGGAAUAUAUCUAUUCUAUUAAAACAGCAGAUUGACCAAAUGAUAAAAGUUGUGUUCAAUUAUGUAUUCCUAUUAUUUAGGGGUAAUUUUUAUAACUGCAUCAUUUAUUACUUUUUUAUAUAACCAACUUUUAUUUACGGGUCAUUUUUUUGUAACUGCACCACUUAUUAUUUCUUUAUAUAACCAUGAUUUUGUUAAUAACUUCCAUUUGAUUCUCUCAUUUCCGGACCCACUUAUGUCAAAGUCUACGGUUUCAUUCAGCAAUAAUCAGUCCUUUCUUUUUUCUGACAUCAUUUUUUUCUUUUUAAUUAUAUUACACUGUUCUAUAUUCGAAUUAUAAUCAUUAGAGCAAAUUAUCAUUUUAAUCUAUUAUGGACCAUAUUAAAUUAGGACCCAUAUGAACACCAUUAACACAGUCCCAAUAAUAAUACUAAUAUCAACAUAGUUAAUGAAUGUUAAGGUAUAUAUUAGCCUAUCUAAAUCAUAUACUGUUUUUUUAACAAUCAUAUAUUAAAAUUUAAAUCUAUUUUAUUAAAUCAGAAUCAUGCCAAUUUAUAAGUGUUAUGUCCAACUAAUUAUUCCCAUGUUUUACUCUUUCAAAAAUGAAAUAUAAUUCUUUAUUUUAUGUAACUAAAUAUAAUAUUCUGGUUUCAGAGUUAAAAAACUUAACUCUCUAUUAAUUUACAAAGCACAUAAUGUUAAAAUAAGAUUUAAUAGGGUUUAACUGGAUUUUUAAUAGAAAUAGAAAAUUUAUAUAAACUCAUUUAGCUUAACAGAGUUUAAAUAAGUUAUUUAAUUAACAACAUUUAUUAAAUGUGAUUUUACUUAAAGUUAUUGAAGACCAUAUUAACCAUAUAUAUAGAUAUAUAACAUAAUAUAUUAGAAUUUAUCUUUUUCAAACACUUUUCAAAUAUUUUGUUCAGUUUUCGGUGCAGGUUGAAUUUCAUAUUGGUUUUCGGAUAUAACAUUUUUUAAGGAAAGUUUAAGUAUAUAGGUCUAAUAGAGUAUGAGACUUUAAUUUUCAGAUCUUUUUAAGUACGGAUAUUUUUGACUAUUAUGUUAGGUAACUAAUAAAAAAAUAUAAUAUAUUGCAAACUUUAUAAUUUUUUCUUAAAAAAAUCUGAAAUGCAUAUAGUAUGUGAAUAGUUAUGCAGUUUGACAUAUUUAAUGUAGUUACCAAAAAUUAUAUUCAAUUAAAUCAACAUUUAAUAUAAAUACGAUUACAAAAAAUAACAUAAAUAUAAAAGUGUUAUUUCUCAAAAACGUUAAAACAAAAAAUAUACCCGCCCUUGAAUCUAGUUACAUUUAAGGUUAUAGUCUUUCAAAAAAAAAAGUUAAAACAAAAUUACAGCUAUAUGAAAAAUCUGAGUUUGAAUUUUGACUAGUUGGGUACAUACAAUUUUAUUACUUCUGAUAUUAAUCAAAAACGUAUUCCAAACUCGAAUCGGAUAAUGUCAUAAUCAGUCAUUUUAUAGCAUUAAAUGUAUUAAUUUUUCAGUUGAUAUUAAUAUGAAGUUAUACAAAAUUACAUCUAAGUCUUGCCGAUGCAGUUUACAUAGUAGUUGGAUACAUGCAAUCUAAUUACUUCUUACAUUAGUCAAAAACUUAUUCUAAACUCGAAUCGGAUAAUGUCAUAAUCAAUCAAUUUUACAACAUUAAAUGUAUACGGUUGACUGAAUCAGCCGAUAGCGUAUAUUAAAAUUUUUUUUAACAAAGCACAUCCACAAAAACCGUUAAAAACGUUAAAACGAUCAUCCAACAAAUCACAUCCACAACUUUGAAUAUAUUAUUUUUAAUGACUUUAAACACUCUAACUGAAAACAAUAAACACUCUAAACCUUAUUUUUGAAAGAAAGAAAAAAAAAAAGCAAAUGGAAAAUUCCAAAAACGCAUAUUAAAUAAAAUAUAAUCUUUUAUAUAAUACGGACUUGUAUAUUUUUCUCACCUUGUGUGCUUUCGUUCCUCUCUCGAAGACUUGGUGUUGAAACAGCGACCAGAGCUCGUCCUCUCUCCGAAAACACGAUACUUGUUCGAUCUCCUUUGCUUCCAUUACCAACUCCACAAUCUCGUAUCACCACAAACUCCAACAUUGCUCAAAGUUUGAGACAUAAACUAAACUCAGACAAGCUCGUCUAGGUUCCUCUAAGAAUGGUUCGUCUGAUGGAUGAGGGAAACACUCUUAUGGACGCUUCCUCUGAUGUUGAGUUUGCAUGUGGAGAUCCAAAAGUAGAGCCUCGUGUUGGAGAUGAGUUUCAGGCCGAGAUUCCUCCUAUGAUGUCUGCAUCCAAACGUGCAGCGUUUCUCUCGACUCCUCUACCUUUGGAUGAUUCCUCAUAUCCCUUUCUCGUCGGACAACCUGUCCAAGUAAUGUGGAUAGACAAGCAUCAUCAAAAAGGUCAACUAAAUGGAGAUGAUGAUAGUAUUGACAUGAACCAGUCUUUGAAAUCUUUAAGAACCAAAAGAAGUACUCGUUCCUCCGCCAAGAAUGACAAGAAGCAAAGAAUGAAUCUUGAGGCUGUUCCGGAGACACCAUCCAGCUCUUGGGAAGAUCAUGAGGUGGCUAGCUUCGUUCUUGGUCUGUAUACAUUCGGAAAGAACUUUACUCAGGUGAAGAAGUUCAUGGAGAGCAAAGGAAGAGGAGAGAUAGUGUUGUACUACUAUGGGAAGUUCUACAAGUCAGCUAGUUACCACAGGUGGACUGAUUCUCGCACGAAGCGGAGACGGAAGUGUGUGUACGGAAGAAAGCUUUAUUCAGGCUGGAGGCAACAUCAGUUGUUGUCCCGUUUGAUUCCUUCUAUCUCUGAUGAAUCUCAGAAGCAAACACUUGUGAAUGUCUCAAAGUCAUUUGCUGAAGGGAACAUCACUCUUGAGAAAUACAUAAGCUUGGUGAAGGAUCUAGUGGGUCUCAAGCUUCUGGUUGAAGCUGUGGCGAUCGGUAAAGGAAAAGAAGAUCUCACGGUUAUUACAUCAGGACCACCAGUGAAGACCAAACCAUGGUUCACGGUUUCUUCAAAGACUUCUUUUUCGGUCCCAGGCUUAGAUGCUUACACUUCACUCACAUCUGCCGACAUAAUAAACCAGUUAACCGGCAGUUCACGACGUCUAAGCAAAGCGCGUUGCAGUGAUAUCUUCUGGGAAGCUGUGUGGCCGCGUCUGCUAGCCAGAGGAUGGCGUUCGGAGCAGCCCAAGGAGCGAAGCUAUUUUGCUUCUAAGGAUAACAUUGUGUUCAUUGUCCCUGGCGUGAAAGAGUUUUCGAGAGGGGAUCUUGUUAAAGGCGAUGAUUACUUUGAUUCCGUUAGUGACAUUCUAACAAAGGUUGCUAUGGAGCCUGAGCUGCUUGAGUUUGAAACAGGAGGAGAGAUAAAGGAAGGAGACGCCAAUGCAGAGAACUCUUCUGGCCAAUCUGAUGAAGAGUCUUCUCCAUCUGAUAAGCAAAAACAUCGUUACCUAAAGUCUCCAUGUUCUAACCGUGGAAGUCUUCAAAUGAACUUCACUGUUGUGGACACUAGCUUGGUUGCAGGAGGGAAGCUGUGUGAUUUACGGAAUCUGAAUACAGAGCCUCUAGUUUGUUCUGUGCCAAAGACUCGUUUAGGAGAUGAACUGGACUGUCAGAAUGUGGAAAUGCCCCCAAGUGAUGGUAGGAAAAAGGAUUACUUAGAGGAAGAAUCUAGUAUAAAGGAGGAGGAGGAGGAGACUUUGGAGAGGGUUAAGGAUCCAUCAAAGAGGCUGAUCAAGCAUAGGUCUAACCAACGAGCAGAAGCUAAUGAUGGUUCAGUAAGUUCUGCUCCAUCGUUGAAACGUAGACGGCUCAGUGCUUGCGUGAGGAGUGAGAAAAGCCUUUCAAGAGACAAACAUUCACCGGGUGAUGAGAGCACGGUAUGUUCUGAAUCAGAGCAGGUAAGUUCAUGCGCUGUCCAACACCAAAACGGCUCUAGUGAAGAGAUGAAUGAAGACAAAGAGAGAUAUGGAAGAGAUUAUAUGAACUUAAAGUCUGAUCAAUCAAAAAACACGGGAAGUGGACCGUCUUCUGCGGUUGUUGAGAUCGAAGAGAUGUCAGAGGAGACAAGAACAUCCCCACAUGAACUCAUUUUCUCAGAACAAGAACCAAACGGGUGGUGUUCCUUGUCUGACUCGAACACAAAACGUGCUACCAUUGUUCCUAAACAAGAGAAAGCAGUUGAGCUCCCUUCCCUUCCAGGCUCUAACGGUUCUCCUUCCAAUGAUCUUGGAACUACUCAAGUGCUUGGUUCCUUAGAACAACAACAACAGCACGAAAUUACAGAUGCUCCUAGAAGACAGAGCACAAGAAAGCGACCAUUAACCACCCGGGCUCUCGAAGCUCUUGAAUCCAGCUAUCUUACAACCAAGGAAAUGAAAAGCACGAUUAAACCAAGAAAACGUGCAAAGAAAAACCGCUCAGCUAAAGCGUGUCACAGUGCACAGCCUUUGCCACACAAUGGGAGUGCAGGUUUGGAGAAAAGAGGAGAAGAUGAGAGCAAAGCAAUAGAUCAAAUAGAGGAUUCAAAGCCUAGCCUUCCUCUUAAUGGAGCAACAACUGCGACUAUGGCACUGGAUCAAAGACAAGAUUCAAAGACAGUGCCACCUGAACGUCCUAGGCUUCCACCUAUUGUAUUGAAGCUUUCUCUUAAGCGUAGAAGAGGAGCUUCAGAGACUCAAGUCUGAAAAGUUUGGGUGCUAGUUGUGAGAGGAUUGGCCUCUUGCCAUAGAAUAAAUGUGUACAAAAAAAGUAAAGAUUAAAGGGGUUUUAUUCCGUACCAUUCUUCUUUGUUAUACAUUUUCUGUUCAGUUUCUAACUUUCUUCAUAUCUCAUUGAAUACAUAUUGCCCAA